UUAUUGCUGUAUCAGAUGUUCCAGUCUACGUACCACCAUGGAACUGACAGGUCUGUUGGCGUCUGUGCUGAUUCUUCUCUCCUGCUGCUACUUCAUCUUCUCAACAUGGAAGACGAUGUACAGGAAACAGGGGCUCCCACCGGGUCCGACACCCCUGCCCCUGAUCGGAAACUUACUAAACAUAAAGAUGGGAUCAAUGGUCAAUUCGUUUGUAAAGUUAAGUGAACAGUACGGCUCAGUGUACACCUUGUAUUUUGGUUUAAACCCUAUUAUUGUGAUAUGUGGCUAUGAAGCUGUAAAGGAAGCACUCAUCGAUCAAAAUGACGAGUUUGGUGCUCGAGGAAAACUGCCAACGAUUGGUCAAUUCACCAAAGGUUAUGGUCUUUCUUCCGCUAAUGGUGAACGCUGGAAAAAAAUGCGCACCUUCACAUUCAAGACCUUAAGAGAAUUUGGUUUAGGAAAAAUAGGCAACGAGUGGAAGAUUCAGGAAGAGGCCCGAUGUGUGGUGGAGGAAUUCAGGAAGUCUCAAGGACACCCUUUGAACCCUUCAGCAACGUUUAUGGAAGCUUUUUCCAGUAUCAUCUGUUCCAUCUUUUUUGGAGAUCAUUAUGACUACACAGACGGGAGAUUCAAAAAACUUAUUUUUUGCACGAAUGAAGUAUUACGAAUUAUCAACUCCCCCUGGGGUCAGGUCCAUAGCAUUUUCCCAACACUAAUGAGCUACGUUCCUGGACCUCACCACAAGGCAGUGUCACUUUCGGAAGAAAUGGUUGAUUUUUUUGCGGAAAUAGUGAAAUCCUGCCAACAGACCUUCGAUCCCAGCAAGCCGAAACAUUUUGUAAACUGCUUCCUGUCCAAGAUGGAAAAGGAGAAGGAUGACCCCAAUACAGAGUUUGAUAUGAAAAAUCUCCUGUGUACAAUCCACAACCUAUAUAUUGGAGCAACUGAGACUUUGAACACCACUCUGCGGCAUGCAUUGCUUAUCCUCCUAAAGUAUCCUGAAGUAGAAGAUAAAGUUCAUGAAGAAAUUGAUCGGGUGAUUGGACGAGACAGAAUGGUAAACAUGGAGGACAAGUUCAACAUGCCAUACACACAAGCUGUAAUCCAUGAGGUGCAGAGAUUUUGUGACAUCGCUCCUUUCAAUGUGCCACAUAUGGUGACAAAAGACACAAUGUUUAGAGGGUAUCAUAUUCCCAAGGGAACAAAUGUCUACACUUUGUUGUUCACUGUCCAUCGUGAUGCCACACAGUUCUCGACUCCAUACAAGUUUAAUCCCAACCACUUCCUGGAUGAAAACGGGCAAUUCAAAAAGAAUGAUGCUUUCAUGGCUUACUCUGUAGGAAAAAGGAGCUGCCCCGGAGAAGGAGUGGCCCGGAUGGAAUUGUUUAUCUUCCUCAUCACCAUCUUGCAAAACUUCAACUUGACCUCUCAGAUGGAAUUCUCUGAAGCUGAUGUGGCUCCUAAGUUGAAAGGAUUUGUAAAUGUCCCCAUACAAUAUGAGCUGUCAUUCAUCCCACGCUAGAUAUAGUGGACUCCAGGAUAAAGUAGCUCAGUCCCUGACAUAAAAUAUAUAUUAAAUGAUCAUAUAUUUUUUCUUUUAAUUACCGGUAGUUGUUUAGUUAUAAUAAUUCUUAAUUUUUUUUGUCUUUUUAACCACUUCCAUACCGGGCCUAUUUUGGCACUUCUCUCC